AUGGCGGCCGUCGCCAGCAGCCGGAUUCUGAAGCGCGUUGGCGAAGCGGCUAGCGUGUCCCCUCGCACCCCAGCACGCGUCCAUCUGGCGUCACGUCUGCGGAUCUCCGGGGAGCCCGAGAGCCUCCGGACAGACCCCGGGCCUCCAGGAACAUCCCGCCUUCCCGGGGCCCCCGGGCCAUCAGGGCCAGUGUCCCCCGCUAGUCCCCACCCCCCCCAGCGUGGGCCCCAGGCUCGGAGGGAGGAAGUGCCGCUGGGAAGCCCCGCGCAGGAGCUGGCCAGGGUCAAGGCCAGCCGCCACCGGACCCAGCCGCUGCUGUCACACUUGGAUGCUCCUCGCGCCCAGCUUCCCACGCGUCCCGCCAUCUGCGUCGUGUCAGGCCCAGCCCUCGGAGUGGAGAUGAUGGUUUCUGGAGCGAUCCCUGCUCUUCAGCAGCUGGAGGCCCUGGGACCUGUGUCUGUCUGCUUUGCAGCCCGCACGGCAGAGGCGACUGGGACAGGAGGGGAGAGCCAUCUCCCCUGGGACCCUCACUGCCAGCGUCCCCUGCCCAGCAGGGCGCCCAUCACGGUGCUGCUGCCCCCAAGCCUGCACGGGCCCUGGGUCUCCACCGGACAGGCUUCGCUGCUUCCUGGGGGCAGUGCAGGGAACAAUCCAGAGUCUGGGAACCGCAGAGGUGCCUGCCGUGGCCUGCUGUGUCCCGCCCUGCUGAGCGCGCGCGCCGGCCGGGACUGCACGGCGGCGCUGGGCUUCACCAUGCACGAGCUCAGCCUGGUCCGCAUGCAGCGCCGCGUGCAGCUGCAGCCCCGGGCAGGGCCCCGGCCGGUGGACGAGCUGUACCUGGGGGACGUCCACACCGACCCAGCGGAAAGGCGGCACUACCGGCCCACGGGUUACCAGCGCCCGCUUCAGAGCGCCCUGCUGCGCCUGCGCGGCCGGUGGGCCAGCCCCGGCUGCGAGGUGCGCCCCGCCGUGCUGUUCCUCACCAGGCUCUUCACCUUCCACGGGCACAACCGCUCCUGGGAAGGGUACUACCACCACUUCUCCGACCCUGCCUGCCGCCAGCCCACCUUCACCGUCUACGCGGCCGGCCGGUACACCCGGGGCACGCCAUCCAACAAGGUCCUCGGGGGCACCGAACUCGUGUUUCAGGUCACACGGGCCCGCGUGACUCCCAUGGACCAGGUCACCACGGCCCUGCUCAACUUCUCUGAGCCGAGCAGCUGCGGGGGUCCGGGGGCCUGGUCCCUGGGGACCGAGCGGGACGUCACAGCCACCAACGGGUGCCUGCCGCUGGGCAUCAGGCUCCCCCACGUGGAGUAUGAGCUCUUUAAGAUGGAGCGAGACGCCCUCGGGCAGAGCCUGCUCUUCAUUGGACAAAGGCCCACGGACGGGUCAAGUCCCGACGCCCCGGAGAAGCGCCCCACGUCCUACCAGGCGCCUCUGGUGCUCUGCGACGGGGUGUCCGGGCCCCUGCUGCAGAAGCCCCUCCCUGGCGGGGGGCUAGGUCCCCGAGCGGCCCCUCUCCCCGCUCUGCCCCUUGCUCUGGGGCUGGCCCUCCUCGAGUGGCUAUGAAAUCAGCGUCGGACCUCCAGGCUGCUCAGCUUCCUGGGGUGGCCAGGGCCCAUCCCCCACCUCCGCUCCGUUGUGGAUGGUGCCGCGGCCACGCUGCCGUCAGCCGGCCUGGCCCCAGGGGGCAUAGCACCCGAGUCCAGGAGCGCCCACGAAGCCUAUGCCGCGGCGGGCAAGUCCACGUCGGUGCUGACCAUGAACCCGGGUGCAGCCAUGUCCACGACGGCGCGUUCCUGACCGCUCACCCCUGGCUCCCCCCACUCCGUCCUUGGCCUCUGGUGGACUGGGAGUGAGGUUCUGCACGGGGCUGCUGCUUCCUGGCCGGGCCUGUGGUUUGCUGUUCAAAGAUUAUUAAUUCGAAUUUAGCAAUACAAACUCAGACCGCAGCCAUGAAUUAAAGAUGCUGCUUCGGGCUUCCGGCACUCCGCCCUCUCUGCGAGAGGGCUGGUCUCUUCGGGGGCAACUCGGCUUGCCUGAGCUCUGACUGCUGGCAUUUGCCUGCACCCGCCUGUGCGGCUGCGAGUCGGGCCUCGAGCUGCCGGCACUGUGUGCACGGACGCGGCCGGUGCGCCCUGGGCCGGCAGGGGGGAGGCAGCCGCUCCCCCGGGGCCCGGGAGACCCGCGCCCGCACCAGGCUGGCUGCUGGGGGCAGGUCCUUGGAGGAACACCGCGUUUCCAGCCUUUGGAAAGUAAUUAAUACUAAUGAUGGCGGGAACACGGAGUGUGCUCUGUAAUUAGCCCCACACAGGUGUCCCCUGCCCUCCAGACUCCCUGUGCCUAACUGACGGGGAGGGGGAGGAACCUCAAAACGGGUCCGUGGGACCGCGCCAGGGAGGGGCCAGGGUCACCGGGCUGCUGGCAGCAUCUGAAGGCGGAGGUGGCCUGCUCGCCACGCGGCGUCCCCCUCGCUGGGAGGGGCCGUCACCAAGGAGGGCACGCAAGGCCUCGCCAGUAUACUGCGAAAUGAACUGGCCUCCUGGUGGACCCGAGGGUUCCCGGGGCCCUGAGCCCACGGUGCGCCCCCUCCUCCCCCGCCCGACUCCCAUCUCUGGCUCUCAUCACAGAUCUGGAACAACAAUUCUCUGGGAGGCUAAUGAUGCGUUCGGAGAGAAGCCCUCCUCUUCCCGAGACCGUGCGGGCCUCCAUCAGCCGCUGGGGCUGCUCGGACUUACCUACCCGACAACAACGAGACACAGAAGAAAGGAGCCCCGGCAAGUUAAUAUUCUCUGUAGGUCUCGGAAAGGUGUCAGAGUUCCUGGCGUAUUUACCAAAGUACAAAAAAUAAUUAAGAUUA